AUGAAUGAACAAGGGUUAAACAAGGGUAAAAUGUUAAGAUAUUUUUCAAUGAUUCGAAAAUCUUUAGCCAACAGUGGUGAACUAUACAUACUUGGCGAAGAUCUAAUUGAUAAGUUUGUUCCUGAUAAUUACCAAUUGAGCUGUGAUAGUUUCUAUUUCAAAGCACAUGAGAAAACAAUUUCAAACUUAGAACCUAUUGAUUCGUUGAUCGAACGGAAGCUUUUUACCCCAGCUAUGAGCGGAUGGCAGUGGCAAGUUAAUAAGCAAAAGGCUCUUGAAUCCCAGGUUUUAAGAGAAAUUAAGAAUGAAAAACCGGAAGACCAUUUGAAAAGGUUCACCCGUUCCUCGAAGAAAAGAAGGGAUACGAAAGCAGAAAUAAGAGAAGAUGAAGUACCAAGUCCUGUAUCACUUGACGGACAGGAGGAGGACGACGACGUUUUCAGACAGAAACAAAAGCAUCACGCUUUUAUUAGCUUGUCGCGCCUGAGGCUAGCUGAAACUGUCAUACCAGAACAGGCUGCCUACAAAGUUCUAUAA